AUGGCAGCAUUGCGGCUGUUCUGGUUACUACUCUGCUUCUUCUCACUUAGCAUGGCCGUCAAGUCGAAGCCGAAGCGGGACCUGCGAUGCCUCAUGUAUUUUACCGGUCAGCACCCAGUGGCACCCCCCGUUGAGAAGCUCCGACAUGUAACGCACGUCGCCGUGGCUUUCAUGAGCCCUGGUCUCUUCAACGAGCCCGGACGGACCGAGUGGCCAUUGUUCACCACCGUCGAUGACGUCCGGGCCAAGUUCCCGGAGAAGACCAAGGUUUUGGUGGCCAUUGGUGGCUGGGGAGACACGAUCGGCUUCUCCGUCGCUGCUCUGAAUGACGAAACGCGAAAGACGUUUGCCGAGAAUGUGGCCAGCAUGGUCGCAGCCACGGGUGCGGAUGGGGUUGACAUUGACUGGGAAUAUCCGGGGGGUAACGGCGAGGAUUACAAGAAGGUGCCUAAUUCAGCCAAGGCCUGGGAGAUUGGUGCCUACCCUCUCCUUUUCGCAGAGCUGCGCGCCGCCCUCGGGCCUCACAAGAUCGUCUCGGCCGCGGUGCCCGGCCUGAAGCGGGACAUGCUUGCCUUCACCCGCGAGACGGUGCCCCGAAUCAUGCGCCAUGUGGACUUCUUGAAUGUCAUGACGUACGAUCUCAUGAACCGCCGCGACGUGGUGACCAAGCACCACACCGGGGUGGAGCUGAGCCUCGAGGCCGUCGACGCCUACGUCUCUGCCGGCGCUGCGCCCCAGAGACUCAAUUUGGGGUUUGCCUUUUAUACCAGGUACUUCAAGACGGAACACGACGCCUGCGCGCUCGCCUCGCCGAUAGGCUGCCCGACGUUGCUGCUCGAAGACCCGGAGACGGGCGAAGAUCUCGGCCGCAGCGGGGCGUUCUCGUGGCACGAUUCGGUGCCGGAUGAAGUGGCCGAGUCAUUUGCGCGGGCGCUGGAUCACGGCGUCUACGACGAGGAGGGGGGCGGAUACUACUAUUGGGAUGCCAUGGAGGAUUUCUGGUGGACGUUUGACACGCCCGACGCCAUCGAGCGCAAGUUUCCUCGGAUACUAGGUAAGCGGCGGUUGGGAGGAGUCUUUGCUUGGGGAAUCGGCGAAGACGCACCUCUGUUCAAACACUUUGCAGCACUCAAUGACGAGUUGGAGAGAUACCUGGAAGGCAAGGACGAGCUGUGA